AUGCGAGGCUUCAUAGCAGGCAUGUCCGUACACAAGAGCGUCAGCUCUGCAUGGCAGGGUCCUGUGAGGAGGAUAGCACGAGAAGGUGAGUCCAGACAGGCUAGCGACGAUGAUUUCAGCCUGCACAUUUUGCACUCAAAUGUUGUCUCUCUUGUAUUGAAUGUGUCUGUUGCAGUGGGUAGUGGAACAAAUGUUGACGAGAGGCUUAAAGCUGCUCGAGAAAGGAGAGAGGAGCAACAAAGGUUACUCGCCUCCCGAGUUCACAACAGGUAUGAGCGGGAACAGCGUGCCAAACUUCACUAUGAGCAGCAGCUACAGGAACGGCAGAAGAAACUGCAGGAGCAGAAGCGCAAGGAAGAUCGAAGACGUGCCGCCGUGGAGGAGAAAAGACUGCAGUAUCUCAAGGAAGAGAAAGAGCGAAAUGAAUCAGCAGUGCGCCGAACCAAGGAGAAGAGUCAAAGAGCCCAACAGAAAUCCAGCCAAAACGUGAGCGGAAGGAAGCCCACCAAAAAUGCUCCACGUCACAUAGCCCUCAGCACAUGGGAGAAGAACCUGGUGAGUCGUCUGCUUACCCCCACAAGCUCUUUUUUGGCCCGGAGCAAGAGUGCUGCUGAUCAGUCAGGAGAAGAAGUUGUUUAUAUUUGUCGCCGUGCAGUUUCCUUUUACUCCACGACCAGUAGCAGCUUGAGCAGCACGCCGCAGUUGGUGCAGGACCACAGACCCAAUAUCCAGAAACCCCAGAACCAGAGACCCCAAGACAAGAAACUCGUGACUCAAAGACCCCAAAACCAGAAACUCCAGAUUCAGAAGACCCAGAACCAGAGACCAAAGGAACAGAAACCACAAACCCAGAGACCACAAGUCCAGAGACUUGAGAACCAGAAGCCUCAAGCUCAGAGACCUCAGAUGAAGAAAACUCAGAACCUGAGGCCUCAAAGUCAAAGACCGCCACCACACCUGAGUCCCAGCGUCACCCAUAGUAAAAGUACCAGCAGUGUGAAGCCCAAGGCGGUAACACCGCACAACGCUAUCAAGAAGACCUCAAACGCUGGUCCAGACAAACGGUCGCCUGUGAAAAACAAUGUCUCCACUAAAACAAGCAGAACAACCUCUUCGCCCUCUCCAGAACGGGUUCACAGAAGAUCGAGCCGUCGACACUCUAUCCCUCUUCAACUAGACCUCGAGUCUGUUCCUGAGGAAGAUGUUCCCAUUUGCAACUCUGCCCUGUCACCCGGGAACUCAAGGCCUGGCAGGCCUGUCAUUGAAGACAGAAUGGAGGAUUCACCUGAGACUCAAAGUUCUGGGAUAGAGGUUGAAAGCAGAACUGCAGGAGAUGGCAGUCCCUCCAUUAUGCUUUCACCACCAUCUGAAUCCAUGUUAAGGCCCUCAAGUGGUACCACUGACCCAGAAGAGGCCUCUCGCUUGUUGGCCGAAAGAAGGCGAGAAGCCAGGCAGCUCAGAGAGCUGGAGGAGCAGAAGCGCUUGGAGGCUGCCGAAGCUGAAAGACGGAGUCAUGAGGCGCUGGAGCGCCACAGGGCUGAGGAGCGAGCUCGGCAGCAGGCCGAAGCCGAACAUCUGAUUGCAGAAAAGCAAAGACGUGAGGAAGAGGAGAGUAAGAAGGCGGAGGAGGAGAGGCUUCAGGCGAUGCGGGAAGCAGCUCUCCUGCACAAGCAGAGAGAGGAGGAACAAGCCAGAGAGCGAGAGAAAGCAGCUCAGAUACAAAAGGAACGAGAGCUGUAUGCACAGAAAGAAGAAGCAGAGCGCCAAGUCAGGAAAAAGCGACUGGAGGAGAUCAUGCGGCGGACCAGAGGAACAGUUUCUCCUGACAUGAAAUCAGCAACGGUGAGCAUCUUACCAAAUGAGAACACUGAGCCUCCUGUGCAGGAUGCCGUCAAGCCGCCGAGUUCAAGGCCCUCACAGAUAGUUGUGGAUGACAAAGGCGCCAACGAUGACAUGGUGCCUGUUGUGGCCUUUAAAGAGCGCAGGUCUCUUCGGACUCUCACAGGUCUGGAAGACAUCCAGACACACCAACGAGCAGAAGUCAUCUGA